GACCGGAAGCCGGAAACCGUUCGGAGAAAUAAAGAUCAGCACUAUUUCUCUGAACGUUCAGAGAAAUAGUCACUACGUAUAAAUUAUGGUGCGAAAAUAAAAAAGCGAAAUGAGGAAAUACGGAGAAUCCAGAGUGGGAUGGUCACAAAUUAAAACAACUCAGAAGGGACCAGUGCAGCUUUUAUAAUAAAUAACAUUUGAACUUGAAUCAACUAAAUGGCCUUGACAAGAAUGUGUUCUGUCACUGUCACUGACAAAUAAAAGUCAAAAGAAGAAGAUGUAGAUCAGUAUAACUUACUCAGAGAACUUGAACAGAUGGAUGAGGGAAAAAGACAAGAAUGAUAUAGGUUUUUUUUAAAAUAGCAUCCAGGCUGAGAAAGGACGUUGGGGAACCAAAACUGAUGAUGUCUGUUUCACAACUGGAUCUUGUUUAGAUCCAUUGCCUUUCGAAUCAUUUCGUUAACUUAUGAGUAAAAUAUGCUCAUAUUUUUAUAUGGUUUUCCGCAGAGUUUUAUGACCUUCAACUUCAUGACCAUCUGGAGAGAAAAAUGAGUCGGAAGAUGCGAGAAGAUUUCUGCAAUGAGGAAAGUUUCCCUGCCGAAGUAGCCGCUGCUGCCCACAACAAAUACAAAACGCUACCCAAGAAAGGAAAACCUCAGAAACUGAAGGAAUGGACUUUGUUGUCUACUGUUAUCAUGAGAUAUCGUCAGCAAUCAAAAGACGACAACAAUGUGAGAACAAAAAGUACCAUCUGAGAGCUGUGGCUCUAGGCACUGGAUCAAAAUGUAUCGGCAAGUCAAAAAUGAGCAAUACAGGGGACGUCCUCAACGACAGCCAUGCCGAGAUCCUGGCCAGGAGAUCGUUUGUCAGAUUUCUUUACGAGGAACUGAAGAGAGUGUAUGCUGGCCAGCCGAGUGACGUCUUUAUCAAGCCAAGCCCAAGCAACGACAACCGAUGCAGUCUGCGACCAGGAGUUACUUUCCAUUUUUUUACAAGCCAUACUCCAUGUGGCGAUGCCUCCAUCUUCCCAAAGUCAACUCGGAAAGAGAAGACAGGAAGUUCUGACAAGAGAGCAUCUCCAACUGGAAGCUUGGGAUCAGAGUUUCUGAAAUGUGCUGAUCAAUCUCAGAAAGCGGAGGAAAAUGAUUUGAAUAUUGAAAACGAUAAUGAUUCCACUGAGAAAGAUGGUAACAAAGUUGCUGCUUUGACAAACUGCCAGUCUUCUAUCACUGAGGGGUGUGUGAACUCGUGUGAAUAUAGAAACUCAAAUGAAAUUACGGAUGUUGUGAGUAGGAAAAGGAAAUCAGGCAGCCCUGGUAUGAAUAAACAGCAAAGUGAAGGAAGUGUUGAUGAUGAAAACAUUGGACAUGUUGUGAAAAAAGCAAGACAUUCGGAGGACAGAAGUUUGAAGCUGAAGUCUGCCUCAAAUGAUGAGGCCGAGGACAUAUAUAGAACGGGGGCGAAGUGCGUGCCGGGCGGAGGCCAGGAUUUGCACGCCCCGGCCACGUUGUACCACACGGUGGGGCUUCUUAGGACCAAGCCCGGCCGGGGCGACCGCACGGAGAGUUUGUCGUGCAGCGACAAGAUGGCUCGGUGGAAUGUGCUCGGGUGUCAGGGAGCUUUGUUGAGCAUGCUCCUUGCUGAGCCGAUAUACUUUGCUUCAGUCACCGUAGGGAGGUCGCCAUUCUGUAAGUCAGCGAUGGGCAGAGCGCUCUACAUGAGGCUGACGUCCCCUGACGUGUCGUUCCCCGCUCCGUAUCACCUCCACCAGCCCGUGUUUCUUCAGGCCCCAGACCAGGACUUCGAGGCCAGUAAGGCGGCUGUCCAGAGAGAAGCCAAUCUGGCAGCCAAGUCCGGAACAUCAAACCAGAAUAUAGUGCCUUCCUCUGCAGCCAUCGCGUGGUUUGAUUCGUCCCAGACGAACGGCUCUGACCAUGACGUCACGGUGAGCGGCCGGCGACAGGGCAUCACCAAAACUGAUGUAAACAAGCCAAAAGCCAGGAGUAGGGUGUGCAGUUGGUCGCUCUUCCGAUGUUUUCAUGACCUUCUGGAUGAGACAGACCCUGAGCUGCUCCCCACAGCCUUGAGAAUUGAAAACAGGAAGCAGCUGACUUACGCUAACGCAAAGCUUCUCGCUGUACCCUAUCAACUUGCAUGGGCUCAACUGCGGGAGUGUGUGUUUGACACUUGGCUGCAAAAACCUCGAUCGUUUCUAAACUUUACUGUAGAGUCCUGAUAUUAGACACUGUAGUAUCUGUGUAAAAGAUUUUCAGGGUAUGUUCAGAUGUUCAGAGUCACAAGUAAAAUGUAAAGAGUCCAUAUGAUUACUCUAACUGUGUAAUUUGGAAUUUUGGAAUUUCUGCCUUUGGCAGAUUUGGCUGUCAAGCAAAGAGUUUAUCUGUGGAGACUGCUUAUGUAGAGUAAUAUACAGGUAUGAGUGUGUCUAUGUGUAUGUGCAUGCAUUCAUUUGUGUGGGUAGGUGGGUGCGUGUGUGCAUAUGUAUGUUUGUGUGUGUCUGUGUUUCUGUGAGUAUGUGGCAGUGUGUAUGUAUGCGUGUGUGGGAGAGAGAGAGAGUAAGAAAAAAAAACGACGAAACUGCUGUGAUGGAAGGAAGGACUUGUUUAUCUUGGCUGAUGUGUCCUGAAGAGGCUUUUGUUUGUGAUCCUCGGGAUUCUCAUUCCAGCUGUUUAACUUUUGAUUUUAUGAGAUGAUAGACUUAUCUUUUUUAAUCUGAUGGCUGUCGAUUGUAAUUUUGUCUUUGCAACUUCAGCAAGAUAGGAUUUGCUUUUAGAAGUACUCUGUUGCCUGCAUAAUUUUAUGCAGAUGGCCUCAGCUCCAGCAAUAAGAUGAAGUUGUCAACUUGUAUUAUGUGAUCUCCUUUUCUUGCAAACGCUCAUCAGGUGAAAGGGGUGCUCUUUUUUUAAUUCAAAAUCAAAGGUAAUGUUAAAAAAGUGUCUUCUUUUCUUCUUAUAUUACUUAUUGGACUUUGCUUCCCAAAUCCUUCCUUGAUGCCUGACUUUGUGUGAAGCCGUACUGGGUAUGUGGAAAACACAUGAUUCUUAUCUCCAGGCUGAAUGAGGAGAAUUUAUGAUUUUUUAAUUUUUUUUUAAUAUGAGGGGAAUGAAGUUGUGCUCAAGAAGUGAAUAUGAGAGAGAUUGGGAAGGGGUGGGGGGCAGGGAGGUGCGGGGGAGGGGUGCUAUAAUUUGGGAUUGUUGUUUUUUUUCUAAAAUUGUUUUGGGAUAGUUGUUUUUUUCUAAAAUAAUGUAAUUCGUGCACAAUACAGAGUAAUUCUGCGUUUUUUACUUUUUUAUCGUAAUAUAAACUGUGCUGUUGUGAAUAAAUACUGGUGUAAAAUAAAUAA